AUGAAUGCUGCUGAAGCACAUGACCUUUGCACGAGGUCUCAGUCCACGGUGAUUGCAAGGACUACGUGUUUAAGAUGUGUCACUCCACCAUUUCCAGCACAACAACGCCCGCCUGUACCCACUGUGACCUCGCCAGCCUUAUCUGCGACUCACUCCCGACAAGAUUCGGAGGGUCUCAGUCAUGGCCAGGCCGCAACCGUGGACCAUCACACCGACCCCCAUUCCUCGCACGAGCUGCAUAGCAUACGCAGCUGUGUCACCUGCCGUCGGAGGAAAGUCCGCUGCAACAAGCGAUCGCCGUGCUCGAAUUGUGUCAAGGCGGGUAUCGAGUGCAUUUUCCCCCCACCUGGAAGGGCGCCCCGCAAAUCGAAGCGGCCACAAGAUGCGGAGCUCCUAUCUCGACUCAGGCGCCUGGAGGGUGUCAUCGAGCAUCUGAACGAGAAACGAACCGCGUCGCUAUCGGACACGCCUUCCCCACGCCAGUCGCGCAGUGAAAACGUGAGCACACAGGGUCCGCCGGCGCCUCACGCAGGCCCCGGCGACGGGGACGGGUGUCCGCUGAUGCUGGAUCCUGCUAAUGUGGAUCCCCGGAGGCCUAUGGCCACGCGAAACAUGGAGCAUGAAUUUGGACGACUGGUUAUUGAUGAAGGCCGGAGUCGCUAUGUGAGCAAUCGGUUCUGGGCCAGUCUCGGUGAUGAGAUCGAAGAGCUUCAGGAUAUCCUCGAUCCAUCAGCGUCGGAGGACGAGGAUUACCCCUCUCCCGAAUCGUCGUCGACGCAUUCCGCCAACCACGACGGUUUCCUAUUCGGAUUCUACUCGCUUUCUCAUUCCCUUCGCGGCUUCCUGCCACCAUCGUCGAAGAUUCCGGUGCUCUGGAAUUUGUACUACGAGAAUGUGGCCCCGCUGGUCCCCGUCGUGCAUAAACCUACAGCCCAACAGCUCUUUACGAUCGCAGCCCAGGAUCCGAGCAGCUUAGAUAAGAACCAAGAAGCACUGUUCCUGGCGAUGUGCUUGGUUGCGGUUAUCAGCUUGUCUCAUGAGCAGUGCGUCAUUCAAUUAGAUGAGGACCGUGAUACUGCUGUGAAACGCUAUCGGUUUGCGGUCGAGCAAGCUUUGGCGAAGGCCAAUUUCUUGAACACGCAGAACCUAAUGCUACUGCAAGCUGCUGUCAUCUUUCUCAUUGGCAUCCGUCGUGAGGAUGAUACCAAGUUCGUGUGGUCUAUGACGGCUCUCGUUCUUCGCCUUGCGCAAGGUCUUGGCCUUCACCGGGAUGGGACGAAGUUCGGAUUGAAGCCCUUUGACACGGAAAUGCGUCGGAGAUUGUGGUGGCACAUCUGUUUGUUGGACAUUCGGUCGUCCGAAGACCAUGGCACUGAUUCGCAGAUCCAUGAACGAAUUUAUGAUACGCGGCUUCCACUGAACGUCAAUGACGAUGACAUCACACCGGACAUGCAAGAGCCGCCCCCCGAGAGGAUUGGCUUUACCGAGGUGACCUUCUGUCUUAUCCGCUGCGAUAUCACAGUAGCCCUUCGGCGGGUGAGCUAUGCCUGCCCUAAUGGUCAUUUCACCCCAGGUACUCGACCAAUCUCCGCGGAUAACUGCGGGAACCUGAUCAAAGCCAUUAAUGCCCGCAUCGAGGAACGAUACAUCAAGCAUUGUGAUAUGAAUGUGCCUAUUCAAUGGGUCUGCGCUACAAUCGCUCGGCUCAUUCUCACGAAGCUAUGGCUUGUGAUUCAUCAUCCCAUGACUCGGCCUGAUCGUGACGUUGCUCUGACGAAUGCAAACCGAGAGAGCUUGUUCGCAACUUCUGUGGAGGUUGCCGAAUUUGCGCGCCUUCUUGGGGCCGACAAGAACACAUUUAAGUGGAGCUGGCUCUUUGCCACGAACAUGCAAUGGCAUGCCAUUGCAUUUGUCUUAUCAGAGCUUUGCGUACGCCCCUUGAGCCCUCUGACCGACCGUGCUUGGGAGGCUGUAAGCAAUCUUUACCGAGAUUGGGUGCGCAACAGCAAACAACGGAAGGGCAUGCUUUGGCGACCGUUGUCAAGGCUCAUGAAGCGCGCGGCCGCCCACAGAGCAAAGCAACAAGACUUGCGAACUCAGUUGGGUCUCAAUGUAGGCUCUUUUGAGGCUGUGCCAUUCACCGGUGGCACUGGACCCUCAAUUAUUCAAGCCCCUCCCAUAUUACCCCAGCCUCUUGCACAACGAGAAUCCCAAAUAUCAUCUGCCAUGCCAGAAGGCGGCACCUUGUCUAAUACAAACGUGCUGGAUAUCGAUCUUCGAAAGGGGCCGGUAGACGCAAUCAACACUUUGUUCCCAGGCGUUGACUUGUUCUCUCCUCAAGCGGCAGCAAUGACGGCCGCCAUGGAGCAACCAACUACAACGCCUGGCGGUGCAUCGAUGAACUCAUUCGCCGGACCGGUGCCCAUGCAAAACGAGAACAAGCCGGACCCGCAGCUCAAUUGGGAUGAGUGGGAUAGGGUGAUGCACGACUUCCAGAUGGAUUUGCAAGAAGCCAACACCGAAAACCCUUUUGCGAAUAUCUCCGACUGGCUUGCUUGA